AUGGAAGUGACAAACAGGUAUACAGUGAUCAAGCAUCACAUAAAUGGAGCACCAGAGGAGUCUGAUUUUGAGCUCAAGCCUGAAACUCUUACUCUGUCAAUUGAGCCUGGUAAAAAGGAAAUGAUUGUGAAAAAUCUUUACAUAUCCAUGGAUCCAUUCCAGAUCAACCGAAUGAAGGAUCGGAGUUCCUCAUAUGAACCCAUAAAAUAUUCAGGUUCCCUCAUCCCUGGAGAGGCAAUAUACGGCCCUGGAGUUGGAAAAGUUGUUGUUUCCGACAAUCCAGAGUUCAAGAAGGAUGACAUUGUCUCGGGGUACCUGAGUUGGGGAGAGUAUACUCGAACCAAACCGGAGUAUCAGUUAACUAAGGUGGAUACCAUGGGACUUCCCCUUUCUUACCAUUCAGGAGUUCUAGGAGUGAGUGGGUUUACUGCUUAUGCCGGAUUUUUUGAUGUGUGCAAACCCAAGAAAGGGGAAAAGGUGUUUGUCUCUUCAGCUUCAGGAUCUGUUGGAAAUUUAGUUGGUCAAUAUGCUAAGCUCUUUGGAUGUUAUGUUGUUGGAUGCGCCGGCAGCAAAGCGAAGGUAGACUUGCUCAAAGAAAAGCUUGGUUUUGAUGAGGCCUUCAAUUACAAAGAAGAAACUGAUCUCAAGUCAGCUCUUAAAAGGUACUUUCCUGAUGGAAUUGACAUGUAUUUUGAUAAUGUGGGAGGCAAGAUGCUGGAAGCAGCGAUCGAGAACAUGAACACGUUUGGCAGAGUUGCAGUUUGUGGUGUUAUAUCUGAGUACACAAACCAAGACAAGCGUGCUGGUCCGAGCAUGGUAGAUGUAGUGUACCGGAGAUUAACCAUUCGGGGUUUCUUGAUUCCUGAUCACAUGCAUAUCUACAACGAUUUCUUCUCGACCACGGUUAAUUACCUCAAGAAUGGUAAAAUUCAGGUCCUUGAAGACAUUUCCCAUGGUGUGGAGAGCAUACCAUCUGCUUUUGUUUCCCUUUUCCGUGGCAGUAAUGUUGGCAAGAAAAUGGUGCAAAUCGCGGAUGAUUGA